CUCAAACUUAUGUGUAUGGUAUCAACAGUUUCUGUUUCCACAGCUGAAAAAGAGUCUUUUUUCUCGAGAUUACGGAAUAUGUUUCAUUUCAGAAGGAAUGAAAAUAAAAAGAAGACAACAACAAUAACGAGAGCAGCAGCAGCUGCUGCUGCUGCUACUACUAACUGUGUUCCUGUGAGUGACAAUAGUGGUAGUAGUAACAAGGGAGAGUUAGAGAGGGUAUUUACAUACUUUGAUGAGAAUGGAGAUGGAAAGGUGUCACCUGCAGAGUUAAGGAGGUGUGUGAAGGCGGUAGGAGGUGAACUGACGGUAGAGGAGGCGGAAAUGGCAGUGAGGCUAUCGGAUUCUGAUGGGGACGGGUUAUUGGGCAUUGAGGAUUUUACGAAGCUGAUGGAAGGAAUGGAGGAAGAGAGGAAUAAAGAGAGUGAGUUGAUUGGAGCAUUUGGAAUGUAUGAAAUGGAAGGAUACAUUACUCCUAAGAGCUUGAAGAACAUGUUGAGUCGACUAGGUGAGUCAACAUCCAUUGAUAACUGCAAAGCUAUGAUUCGAAGGUUUGAUCUCAAUGGAGAUGGAGUCCUCAGCUUUGAUGAGUUCAAAGUUAUGAUGACAACUUAGAAGAGAUAGGUGUGUACAUAGUAUAAUAUGAUUCUGAUUGUUUCCCUAUUGAGAUUUUUUUUUCCAUUCUAUAGAUUCAUAAUUGUAAAGCCAAAGUAUUUGAUUUCACUUUGUGGUUUAGGUAAUUCAAUCUCAGCUACUCAACUGUGCUAGAUAAGUUCUGUUAGGACUUCCACCAUUUUAUAAACUGCAACGACAACAACAAAUCUAGUGUAAUCCUACAAGUAGCAUCUAGGGAGGGUAGUGUGUACUUAGACCUUACCCCUACCUUUGUGCCGCUUUUUCAUAAA